AGGUCACAGUGACAAAAAUAGUAUUUGCUCAACGGCUGCCACUACAACGGACAGCCCAUAUGGGGGGCAUGCAUGUUUUACAAACAGCCCUUGUUAAAUUUCCUUUUGUCAUUGCAGGGGAAAAUGAUAUUAUACUGCUUGGUGACUUUAACCUGUCUCCAGUUACUAAAGAUUUUGACGAUCUUCGAAAUCAAGGCUAUCACAAUUGUAUUGCCGACGGUGUCUUCACAAACAUAAGCGACGCCAACAAAAAAGGCAGCAAGACAUACGAUAACAUCUGGAUAUCUAAACAGACAAAACAAGUGUUCACUGGUCAAUGUGACGUCGUGAGAGAGGGACUGUCCAGUCCCUGGAUCCCCAAGGGCUGGACGUGGGGCGGGGUCGUGAGUGACCACUGUCCAGUGUGGGCCCAGUUCUAAACGGGCCGUGACCUUGACACUGGAGACUUGAAGAUCGGACCAGAGGCCAUUAAAUUUGCACUGA